AUCCUCACAAAAUUGAACCAGCCGAGCAAUUUUGUAAACCCAAAAAGUUUCUCAGGUCUUAGCUUGAGGUUGCACGAGGUCCAUCGUAACCAUGCCAUCCAUGCAACAGGCGGAGGCGGGGGCGGAGCAAAGGAGCAACGGGCCUCGGAUCAAGAUGAAGCCCGCGGCUAGGCGGGUGCUCGCCGGUGGUGUGCGUUCGAUGUCGCUGGGGAGCCCCAGGUCUCCGCCGCCCUCCUACGCGAGCAUCGUCACCGUGCUCAGCAUCGACGGGGGCGGCGUGCGCGGGAUCAUCCCCGGCACCAUCCUCGCCUUGUUCGACCGUCGUCGCCAGCGGCAGUGCUACGAGACGAGUUCCUGCAACAACAACGUUGUUGCAAAUGGUGGCAGCGAACGGCCUAUGAUUGCAAGGGGUUCUUUUUCUCUGCGAGAUGCUUCUUGUUGCAAAGGGAGCGAGCGCAACACUAGUUUGUUGCAAGGAGGCAAAAUGAAGUUUUUUUUUCUGCAACUAAGGUCUUGUUUCUGAAACAUAGGAGUUGUUUCUAAAACAUAGGACUCGUUAAUGGCGUACAGAUGCGAAUCCUCCCGAAGAUACCGUUCCACCAAGGGAUCGGUACUCUGACGUUCACGGCCCUGAGGAGCGCCUCGGCCUUCCGGUGCUGCUGCUCCUCGGUCUUGGAGACUAUCUUGAUGUUAGGAGGCUCUAUCGCACUCGCGCGCCAAGCAUCCUGUGGACCUUCGCCCCUGGUACUCGAGUGCCUUGGCAUCGUAAGCACGCGCCGGUUCCUCGGCGAAGUCUAACGUGACAAGCCACUGUUUCUUGCCAGUGACAGGGUUUUGGAUUUGGGUGCCCCACUUCCCCAGGGCCUCUGCCGAACACCAUGGUACCUGCCGUUGUCCGCUAUUUUGGGGGGAAAGACCUAAAACAUGCAGAUAAGUAAAUUUGGCAAAAGAACCGUAGAAAUCUUCAACAACACAAUCUGAAUUUAAAAAUAAACAAAA